AUACUGUAUUUAAUUUUUACGACACUCGAAAGGUAAACAUCGACAAAUAUUUAUGUAAAUUUCCAAUAUUUAAACCUUUUGAAUGAUACUGCCACGGACUGUGAUACUGCGAUGGAACUUUAAACAAAAACAUGACCUGAAGUCCUGAAUGGUUGAGUUCCUUGAACAGAAUCUGAACGAUUUGAAACUUUAGCCUGCAUCGAGCCAUAGUUGCCAUUCCAGGUGACAGUUGGUGAUAGACUCACAGAGACCAGAUUCUAUACAAAAAUAUAAGAAAGUAAAACAAUCAACUGAAUAUGUAGAGAUCUUUCAAGUAAAAGUAAUGCCAGUUUUAAUUGGCUCAGUUGCAUUUGAAUGUCGCGGACAAGACAAUUUUCUAUUCAAAAGCAAGCCAGUUUAGUUCGCAGUUGACAACUGAAAUCAAAAGUCUCUGUCAGAGACAAUAUUUCUAUAAAGAAAAUGGAAUACUCGGAUUUUUUCAUAUUGCUAAAUUCUAGGCGGAUUUUUGUGGACGAAGAAGUAGAUUUGGACAGAAUAAUUCUUGAUCGUCUCAUAAAAGACAAUGUUCCACACUCUCGAACAUUCACCAGUAUGAUGGACAGAUGUUUUCUUCCUAGCCCACAGAAUCAGUUUGAAAUAAAAAAUAGACAGAUGUCAAUUAACCAGUCAAAGCAUAGUGAAUCACUCGUAGGAAAGAACAAGUCUGGUGUCACUCAAUAUGAUGAUGUUCCCAACAGAAGUGGAGGACAACCAGGUCGGAGUAGCUUUCAAGAGUCCAAAGAGGCUACAUUUUCACAAGGUCCAAGAAACUUUUGUAAUAAGCUUUCUAUGGAAGGAAACACUAGCUCCCUUGAUCCUAACACUGGAACUUUUACCAAAGCUUCUAUCAAACAUGAGACUAAUGGCUUUGAUAACAAUGAUCAAAUGCAUGGAACUUCAUCCAUGCACGCAAAUGGUACACUGGAAGCAUCAUGUAACAUUUCAAAUGUGUCUGACCAAAAAUUACUGAAGUCACGACAUCAAAGUCAUAAAAAAAAUGAGCGGUAGCCAUACUGGCGAUGCCUUGAACACGUUACUGUAUGGGGGACCGAAAUAUACUGGUACAUUGAAAGAACAUUCACUUCAAGAGAAUCUGCAUGGACAAAACGAUAAAAAAUACUUCACUUCCUCAUCAGCCCACUAUCCCUCUUCCUCCUUGGCUGGGGUCAAUCCAUCAAAACCUCAUACGCGAGGUUUGAAAAGUGAAAAAUUACUUAAAUUGCUUUCAACGAGCCCAUCUGAAAUAAGGCAGUGUAGUAAAAACCCUGAGAUACAGCAGGACACUGAGAGAAAGAAAGAGAAACAACACCUGCAUAUUGAUAAUAAUGAACUAUCUGGACAUAUUCAAAGUGAUGAUGUUAAAACAAAUAAUUUCCAGAGUACUAGUUCUUUUCAAGGAGAAGCUGAUUUAACAACAUUUAAACAUGCUGGUGCUGAGACAAUGACUAACAAUCGGGCUGAAAAAAUGACUAAUGCUGUUGCUAAGAUAAUGACUAAUGUUGGUGUUAAGACAAUGACUAAUGUUGAUGCUAAGACAACGACUCAUGUUAGUGCUGAGACAAACAGGAAAGAACAUGCUCAGAAAGGUGUGAGCCAGGAUACUAGAUAUCAUGUAGGACCGGCUUCUUGCAAGGACACAAACAUUGUCAUAUCAAAACGUCCUCUUCAAAGGGAGGAUCAAAGUGAACAUGGACACUCAUCUCUUGAUACAGACAUGUGCUCAGAGGCAAAAAAUGUCCGCCGAACUCAGCCUGUAUAUGGGGAUCCAGACGAAUUGGAGAAGAUUGUUCACAGUCUUACUCAAGCGAAUGAUAUCUACACAGAAUUUCCAUUCCAGAAACAGUCGAGUGGAACGCCAGAGGGUUCAACAUCCAUGACCAAUGCGUCGGGAGAGCCAAACUUCGAAAUGGACGUCAAUGAAAUGCGGCGACAGAUCCUUGAAAAAAGUGUUGGAUACAUUCACUUGAAAAUUGUGGAGACUGUGAAAUUCUCAAAACAUAUUCCAGGAUUUCGAGAUCUUGAAAUUGAUGACCAGUCAACCUUGAUUCGAGAAUCACGAACUGAGACUGGUCUUAUCGGAGGAAUGCGGAGUCUUAACCACGGAGCUAAGACAUUCACGCUGCGAGAUUCCAAACAAAGCAUCAACUUUCAAGCCAUGCGGCUAGUCUACAGUGAAGAUUUGCUUAUGUCCAAAUUUAAGCUGUCAAAGAAAAUACUCACACUGAAAUUGAGCAAAUGUGAGGAAGCGUUACUCCGGGCUAUUGCAAUAAUUUCCCCUGAUCGGUGUACUCUCAAAGACCCUGAAGCAGUGGAGCGAAUACAUAACAAGUUGGUUUCCUGUCUGGUCUAUGUGAUAAACAGAGAUACCCCUGGCUGUUUGAAAAGAUUAGGACAUCUUGUUGACAUCCUUAUUGCUCUGCGAGAUGUCACAGAAAUUGAUAUGAAUGAAGUUAAAAACAUUUUUAUGAAGUGGCCAGAAAUUUCCAACUAUGACCUUGUGAAAGAGUUCUUGUGAUUUAGUCAUUAUUUUGUCUUGGACUUUGUGCAGUUUGUAUUUAGUGGCUACAUGCUUUUUGUCUUUCAUUUUGAAUGGCAUUACUUUUGUGUAAUAAAGUAGAACUAAAAAUAAAUGUCAUUAAUGCUUUUGAAGAAACAAGGAUACCGGUUAUAUUUAUUUCAAUUUUCAAAAUGAUACCAAAAUUCACCAGUCAGGAUAAAUCUUAUUUUCAAGUUUUUUUCCAGAUUAUGUUUUAAAAUACUGUCAAUUUUCAAGCGUAAUACGAUAAAAUUGUCCCUCGCUGUGUAUGUGUUACCACGGUGUUUUAACCUCUCAUUCUGUUUUUAUCAUUUUAUCUUAAAGGGACUAGACACCAGAAGCCAAAGCGGCAAAAUCAGUAUUUCCUCAAAACAAGCAUAGAGCUGUCAAUAUGAGCUAGCAUGAGGCCGAUACUACACCAUUUUACAUGAUAAAAAGAAUGUUUUGUUGCUGUUUCAGUUGACCCAUUUUGAAAUGAUGCAUAAUGGUUUUCCAGUUCAUAGUGUUUAUUCUUAACAUGUAUAAGUCAAGUGAUAAGUACAGUUACUUAUACCAUCAUGCUAGUUCUGAAUUUACUGCUAUAUUUAUACGUGGUAGACAACCCAGUAAAUUUCGAGUUGGAAAAAUUUGCAAAAUCUGUGAAAGAUACAAAAGUCUUAAGACGUGAUGAAUCAGUAAGUAAGAUUAAAUGCAUUGGGCACAACAUUAUCAAUUUUAUUUACGUUUUUGACAAUUUUCUUUUUUUCUUGCAUUUGUAGCAUUUGGUGUCUAGUUUUAAAACUCUUUAUCAGUCUUAUGUAUAAAGGUUCCAUUUUGCAAUUUGGAAGAGUACUAUUUUGUAUUUUUGAUGCACUGAACAAGGAAAUAUCAAGUUAGAAGUUAGAAUGGAAGAUGAAAAACCACUUCUUAUAAAACAAGGUUUGUAGUAACAAGUGAUCUUAAUUCAUAAACAUGCUGUUUAUGAAGCAGAAAACAUGGCAAAGAAUGAAAGAAUUCUCCACUUUGACCUCUAUUGGACUCAUUAUGGCCUUUUGCUGGGGAUAUCACAUAUACUAUGCUAUACAUAUCAACUGUCAACUGAAUCAUGUAUAGGUCACAUGUUUAUUAUGUCAUUUUAAAUCACUAGUUUUCCAAUAGAAUGAUGAUUGAUUCACACAGGUUGUGUUGUGGAGUGUCUCAUUUUUUAUUGCAUGGCAGCUUUUACAUGUAUAUAGUAACACCCUUUGUAUUUCAAUAUUUAUACCCCCCCCCCCCCA